UUUUUUUCGAAAUGAGACUUUUUAAUAAAUUAAUUCGAAUAUUAGGAAUUAUUUUAUAUUUGAUUAGUUAUCACAUUAAUGUUAUAAAUUGUCAACAAUAUGUACCUAUGAAAAGAUCUUUUCAUACGGCGACUCUGGUUGGAAAUAAAAUUUAUUUUCUUGGUGGUUUUACAGAUUUUGCAAAUUAUACAAACGAUUUUUUUACUCUUGAUGUUUCAAAAUCGUUUAAUCAAAGUGAAGGAAUUCCAUAUGAAGAUUUAAAUUAUUUAAGUACUGGUGUACCAGAACAUAAUAGAGCAACAACUUCAGUUGGUGGGGAAUCAAAGGAUACAAUAUUUUUGUUUGAUGGACAUAUGGGAAAUUAUACUGAUUAUGCUAGUGAAGUAGUGCAAUCAUUUAGCACUUCAGAAAAAAUAUGGCAAACUGUGACAACUAAUGUUGGUAAAGAACCUAUGAGAAGGACGUCAAGUAAUGCUGCUACAGAUAGUAAUGGCAAAGCAUACCUUUUUGGUGGGGCAAAGGAGCUUAGACCUAUUCAAUAUUAUAACGUAAUGAAUACUUUUGAUACAAUUAACAAAAUUUGGUUUAGUAUUAACUUUGAUGGUAUUGCAUCAGCUCCAACUCCAAGAGAUGGUUAUACUGCUACUUUCAUACCUGAAACAAGUUCUAUUAUUUAUAUUGGAGGUUUUGGCAAAAGUAGUGACCCUUUCACCACAGCAGGGUUAAUAAAUAUAGGCAAUUUAGAUAUUUAUGAUACAAUAAAUAAUAAUUGGAGACAACAGUCAACAAGUGAUCCACCGAGUAGUAGAGUAUUUCACACAGCUGUAUUAACAAAGGAUAGAAGAAUAAUUUUAUUUGGCGGCGCUGAUUAUACUACAAAACAUCCAGCAGAUUCUUAUUAUGAAGUAUUAAAUGUAAAUACAUACGAAUGGUACCAUAGUAAUAAGGAUACAUAUCUUGGAGCUCCUUAUAAAGGCCAUACAGCAACUUUAGUUGACGAUUAUAUGUUUAUUUCUUUUGGUUUCGCUUAUACAAAACACGGUACUGCUCGUAGUGAUGAAAUCUUGAUUUAUAAAAUUGGUGAAAAUGCAGAUUUUGAUCUGGUAGAAAGUUUCGAACGACCUAUUAUAGACAAUCAUUCUCAUUCAUCAGAUACAAAAAUUACAACGAUACAGAUAAUAGCUAUUUCUUUUGGUACAAUAGGAUUUGUUGCGUUCAUGGUAGCUUUAUUUAUAGUUUUUAGAAAAUAUCCAAAAAAGAAAAGUGACAUUUUAUUCAUCGAAUAAUUAUUUGUAUAAAAAUAACGUGACUAUUUAUUUAUUUAUUUAAAAAAUUACCCCCACGAAAUUUAACAAUUUCUUUUGUAUAGUUAUAAAAAGUUCAGAUUUUUUUUACAUUAA